GAAACUUCUGCCACCGGAGUAAGUUCCCCUCUGUCUCCGGUCUAGGGUUAGGGCUUUUCGGUUUAAUCUGUUUGUUUUCCGCCGAAUUCCAGGUUACAGUUCUCUUCUGAGAUCGUCGGUCUAGUGUUCUUCUUAAAACUUCCGUCGGCGUUCAUUUUUUAAAUUUUAAAGCAGCGUCGAUGGUUCAAACAAGUGAUUUUAGCUGUUCGGCAAGCUACGCAGGGUCUCUGAAAUUUUAGGAUAUGGAGUCGGAAGGAAAUGGGGCACAUGAUGAUUUGCCCCCUCCCCCACCAGUGCCACCAAAUGUUGUUCCGAUUCGAGCUGAACCAGAUGUACAGCAGGUCAAGAAGAAACCAAUGCGUACUCCUAUAGCAAGAAAGGGCCUUGGUUCUAAGGGGCAAAAGAUCCCUCUUCUUACUAAUCACUUUAAAGUCAAUGUGACUGGUGUUGAUGGUCACUUCUACCAUUAUAGUAUUGCGAUUGCAUAUGAAGAUGGGCGCCCUGUUGAUGGCAAGGGUGUGGGCCGUAAAGUCAUGGAGAAGGUACACGAGACUUAUGGUAGUGAGUUUGGUGGUAAGAAUUUUGCUUAUGAUGGCGAGAAAAGUCUAUUCACUGUUGGUGCUCUACCAAGCAACAAAGUUGAGUACAAUGUUGUGCUAGAGGACAUUUCAUCGAAUAGGAACAAUGGAAAUGCGAGUCCAGAUCAUUUUGAUAGUCCCAAUGAGUCUGAUAGGAAGAGAUUGAGGCGGCCAUAUCGAUCCAAAACAUAUAAAGUUCAAAUAAGUUUUGCUGCCAAAAUUCCGAUGCAGGCAAUUGGAAAUGCGCUUCGUGGUCAGGAGUCAGAAAACUCUCAAGAAGCCUUAAGGGUACUGGAUAUCAUUCUCAGGCAGCAUGCAGCCAAACAAGGAUGCCUCCUUGUUCGUCAAUCAUUCUUCCACAACGAUCCAAAAAAUUUUGCCGAUAUAGGAGGUGGUGUCCUUGGCUGCAGAGGAUUCCAUUCAAGUUUUAGAACCACUCAAGGGGGCUUGUCUCUGAAUAUUGAUGUAUCCACUACCAUGAUAAUUCAACCUGGUCCUGUGGUGGAUUUUCUAAUUGCCAACCAGAAUGUUAAAGAUCCCUAUUCUCUUGACUGGGCCAAGGCUAAACGUAUGCUCAAGAAUUUAAGGAUUACUGCAAACCCAUCGAAUCAAGAGUACAAGAUUACUGGAUUGAGUGAAAAACCUUGCAGAGAGCAGACGUUUGAACUGAAGCAAAAAGGUGGAAAGAAUGAAAAUGGUGAAGCUGAGACAAUUGAAGUAACCGUUUAUGAGUACUUUGUUAAUUAUCGCAAAAUAGAGUUGCGAUAUUCGGCAGAUCUGCCGUGUGUCAAUGUAGGGAAGCCCAAAAGGCCCACUUAUAUUCCUCUAGAGCUCUGUUCGUUGGUGUCACUGCAGCGCUACACAAAAGCUCUCUCAACUCUUCAAAGAGCUUCACUAGUUGAGAAAUCAAGGCAGAAGCCCCAAGAAAGAAUGAGCAUUUUAACCAAUGCUUUAAGAAACAGCAAAUAUGAUGCUGAGCCCAUGCUUCGUUCAUGUGGCAUCUCAAUCAAUUCUAGCUUUACUCAAGUUGAGGGUCGUGUUUUGCCAGCUCCAAGGUUGAAAUUUGGCAAUGGGGAAGAUUUUUCCCCUCGAAAUGGGCGAUGGAACUUAAACAAUAAGAAACUAGUAGAGCCAACUAAGAUUGAAAGAUGGGCUGUCGCAAAUUUCUCAGCACGGUGUGAUACUCGUAACUUGAUUAGAGAUCUGAUUAAAAUUGGACAAAUGAAAGGAAUAAACAUAGACGAACCCUUUGAUGUGUUUGAAGAAAGCCCUCAGUUUAGACGUGCCCCAGCUGUGGUGAGGGUGGAAAAAAUGUUUGACGAGAUUCAGUCUAAACUUCCUGGAGCUCCACAGUUCCUUCUCUGUUUACUUCCUGAGAGAAAAAAUUGUGAUAUCUAUGGUCCAUGGAAGCGAAAGAAUCUUGCCGAAUUUGGUAUAGUCACUCAGUGUAUGGCUCCAAUGAGGGUUAAUGAUCAGUAUCUCACAAAUCUUCUUUUAAAGAUCAAUGCUAAGCUGGGUGGACUGAAUUCAUUGCUAGCAAUUGAACGUACACCUGCAAUGCCAAUGAUAUCUAAGGCUCCCACUAUCAUUCUUGGAAUGGAUGUCUCACAUGGAUCUCCUGGGCAGUCUGAUAUACCAUCAAUUGCUGCGGUUGUCAGCUCGAGGCAGUGGCCAUUGAUUUCCCGGUAUAGGGCAUCUGUACGCACCCAAUCACCAAAAGUUGAAAUGAUUGACUCUCUAUUCAAGAAAGUCUCUGACAAUGAAGAUGAGGGCAUCAUUAGGGAGCUCCUGUUGGAUUUCUACACAAGUUCUGGGAAAAGAAAGCCAGAUCAGAUAAUCAUAUUCAGGGAUGGUGUUAGCGAAUCGCAAUUCAAUCAAGUUCUUAAUGUCGAACUUGAUCAAAUUAUCGAGGCCUGCAAGUUUCUUGAUGAAAAAUGGUCGCCGAAGUUUGUGGUGAUUGUUGCCCAGAAAAACCAUCACACAAAAUUUUUCCAACAGGGAGCUCCUGAUAAUGUUCCACCCGGCACAGUUAUAGACAGCAAAAUUUGUCAUCCUCGGAGUAAUGACUUCUAUCUAUGUGCACACGCUGGAAUGAUUGGAACCACAAGGCCAACACAUUAUCAUGUGCUACUAGAUGAAGUGGGCUUCUCUCCAGAUGACUUACAAGAGCUUGUCCAUUCUCUUUCCUAUGUGUACCAGAGGAGCACCACUGCUAUUUCUGUAGUUGCUCCAAUAUGCUAUGCUCAUUUGGCAGCCACCCAGGUGAGUUCAUUCAUCAAGUUUGAAGAGUCAUCUGAGACCUCAUCAAGCCAUGGUGGGAUGACAGCUCCUGGGCCCAUUCCCGUCCUCCAGCUGCCCAGACUGAAGGAUAAUGUUUGCAAUUCAAUGUUCUUCUGCUAAGGCUGGAUUGUCUAUUUCUCUAAUGUGCGUGGACACAGUCUGUACAGCUUUAGUUUUCGGCACAAGCCACAAGAACACUUUGUGAAACUUCCAGGUUCAGCAUAGGCCAUGUGUGAGGGGCCUUCAGUUCAGAGUGAUGUCAUAGUAGCUUGAUAUGCGUCACUCAUUUUCACUUGGAUCAUUUGUGGAUGCUAUAACCUCUUCGACUUUUUAGUUAAUGUGGCUUGUUAUGAAUCUUUUCAAUUGGUUUUGCUGCGUUACUGCUGCAAUUUGAAGUUUUAUGAUGCAAUGCCUUUUCU